UUGACCCCCGAUCUCGCCUCAGGAAAAAGAACCAACGGCCAAGUUCGGCAAUGUUUUGUUAGCCUCGAGUUGCCUUUGACUGGAAAAGCCGAAUGGUCGUUUCGUGGCUCGCAAUUGCUCGUUAUAGGGGGGUGAUUAAGACCUAACCAGCCAUGGCCGUGACGGAGGAGGAGUUAGCCAAGCUCAGGGUGGUUGACCUGAAAGCCAAGCUGUCCGAGCUCGGGCUGCCCACGCAAGGUCUGAAGAGUGAGCUUGUGGAACGACUUUAUCAGCACCUGCUUGCCCAGGAAGAGGCUGCCAAUAUGGAAGAAGGCAAAGAUGGAGGGGAGAUGGAUGAGGGAGGCCAAGAGGGAGACCACACAGACCAGCUGGGGCAAGCAGAGAACAGAGAAAUAGGGGAACCACCGCAGGAUCAGAAUGAACUCCUAAGGAAGGCGAGGGAACAAGAAGAGAUGUUGGCCCGUCAGAGACAGUUGGAGGAAGAACGACUGAUGAAGACCUGUAUCGUCUUCAAGAAGGCAGCACUGAAGGAAAAGCAGAGGGAGGAACAUGAGAAACAGGUGCAGCUGCUAAGGCUGCAGAGGGAGGCUCUGAAACAGAAGGAAGAGGAACAUAAAAUACCACCUGCACCAGCAGGUGCUCCAGGCAUUACUGCCCCAAUUCCACGAGCAUCUGCACCCGCACCUGUAACUCCAGUGCCACCAGGGGUAGGAACGGUUCCAGUUCUAGGGCCUCCUGGUGUUAAGGCUUCUGUGGUUGUGCCACCACCUGCAACAUCAUUCACCCCACAUCCUCAGGGGCCAAUCAGUGUUGGUGGUCCUGCUGGAUUCACAGG